AUGUCCUACUUCAAGACUGAAUACCAGCGGUUCCUGGAUAACCCCAGGUCUGCUAAGUUGGCCGACGAUGUCUCCUUGAUCUACGUUCCUACCACGACCAAGUUCGAGAAGGCUGACAAUGUCAUCACUCAUGCGUUGAAGAACGCGAGUAUUGUCAAGACGACAUCGAACCAGAUCAUCAGCGCCAUUGAAGGAUCAGACUCGCUAUGUCUAGACAUGGAAACAAGCCUCGAAUUCACCGAGGGUGGUGGGGUUUAUCUCCCCUCGCUCGACGAUAAUUUCCUGGCCGACCGUGUUGCGACUUUCCCCACGAUUCACAUCGUCCACUUCGACGCCAAUAAAUUGAUCAAGCAGAUCCGUAUUUACUGGGACCAGGCCUCAUUGCUGAAGCAGAUUGAGGUUAUCGGAGCGCGCGGACGCCAAUGGCCCAUUCGUGAUGGAAAAGAUCAAGUUCGUCUCCUCAGAAACGCUGAGACGGCGCGUGUGGCACCCUCGCAGCCUCCUUCUUCCUCUCAGAAGUUAGAGACCAAACUCCCCGACCGCUCCUCAUCCCCGGGCAAGCGCCGCUUCAAGGAUCCCUACUCAGCCAACUCCCUGACUGAGCUCCUCUCGCCGAACAAGGAGGCCACUGAACGCGAAAGCCGCCCGGAAACCACCAGACCCGCUGCCAGCAAGAGAUAUACUAAAGACCCCUAUGGAGCCGGUUCCUUGACCGAGCUUCUGUCCCCCAGCAAGCAGGCUCCUGCCUAUGUGGCUCCCUUUGCGCCUUCGGCUGGGCGACCUGCCCCUCGCAAUUUCAGCGAUAUCUUUGUGAAAGAUGACGGUACACCUGACGAGGCCAGGAAAGGGCCUGUCGACGAAGAUCGUCAUUUCUACAAAUCUGCCCCUGGAAAAUACAACCACUUCGAGAUCGGCGCGCGAGACCAAGGCAGAAGUCAAGCAAGCCAAGACCCCCACUCAACCCACUGGGAAUUCGACGACUUUGAGACCCCCGUGAAGGGCUCGCGUGCCGCACGUGGAGAAGAAGUGCGCCACUUUGGCUUCGGCGAUAACCAAGAAGGCGCCGGAUCCCCCCAAUCCAAGCUAAAUGUGAUCAAGCCCCGCCGUGACGCGGAUCGCCACUUCGACAUGACCGAUGAGGAGACCGAGGAGGACGGACGGAUCAUCAGCUCAUUCGGGGGCCGCGGCAAGCGCCUCUAUGAGAACCGCCUCUUUGACGGCGACGGCAACGCCGAGCUCUCCGAGCGCGAGCAGAAGAACGAGCCCCUGGCAACAGGCGCCAACACCGCCAACCGCAACAAGAACUUUGCUUCGCAAUUCGCGCUGGGGGACGAAUCGCCUGUCGCUAAGGAGAACACGCCUAUCCAAAAGCACGACGCGCACAAUAAGAUGAUGGAGUCUCACUGGGAUAACUACGACGAGGAGUCCCCCAAGGUUCCUACCCAAAAGCACACCGCGCACAAUAAAGCGAUGGAGUCAAACUGGGGUAACUACGACGAGGCGUCCCCCAAGGUCCCCACCGAAAAGCACGAGGCGCACAAUAAGAUGAUGGAGUCUCACUGGGAUAACUACGACGAGGAGUCCCCCAAAAUCCCUACCCAAAAGCACACCGCGCACAAUAAGGCGAUGGAGUCAAACUGGGGUAACUACGACGAGGCGUCCCCCAAGGUCCCCACUGAAAAGCACGAGGCGCACAAUAAGAUGAUGGAGUCUCACUGGGAUAACUACGACGAGGAGUCCCCCAAAAUCCCUACUCAGAAGCACGACGCGCACAAUAAUAUGAUGAAGUCUCACUGGGAUAACUAUGAAGACCCGUCCCCCGAGCCGGUUAGAAGAAAUGCCACCUCGCAGCGCAACCCUCUCGGCCACAACCAGCCCAGUUGGGGCCAUGGAGACGGCAACUAA